GUCCGGAAGAAUUUUGAUCGGAUUGUGAUUUACUUUCUAUAGUUUGGUUCAUAUUCUCAACAAAAAAUUUUAAACUUUUCCCCAAAAAAAAGAGAGAGAGAGAGAGAGAGAGAGAGAGAGAGUAAUAAGAAAUAAGAGUUUAGAGAAAAUAAUAAAUUUUCAUUUACGAUGAUUUCAAAUCGGUAUAAAUACCGAAUGUUUGUUGGUUAUUUUAUCGGGUACAAAACAAUUUUUCGUUGUUGUUUUAAUAUUUCAAUCAUCAAUUUGUCGAAACCAAACCAAACCAAACCAAACAUCAACAACAAUGCGUUCAACAGUAUUAGCUUUUGCUAUUUUGACUGUAAUGGUCAUUAUAAUGUCAUCAUCCGGUCGUUUUGAUCGUAAACAAUCAUCAUCAUCAAUGGUUGAAGCUGGCCAAAAGAAAAAAAUGCGUAUUGCAAUGGCAUUAAUACAUUUAUUGGGUCGUCGUAAUAAAAUGAUUGUACCAUUUCCAAUACCAAUACCUGUUGAAAAAGAGAAAAAAUGCUAUCAUAUACAAAAAGAAUAUGUUCCUGUUUAUUUAAAAGAUGAAAAAAAAUAUGAUUCCUAUGAUUAUCAUCAUCAAAAAUAUGGACAUCAUGAUGAUACAUAUGGUUAUGAUCAUCAUAAUAAUAUUGAUCAUUUAUCUGGUGGAAGUGGUGAUUUCACAUAUAAAUAA